UGGAAAAGAGCAAGAUUUCUGUAUCACAAUCUUAUUAAUUAGUCAAUUAAAAUAUUUUAUUUCGUGUUUAGUAUUGUGAUAUCACCAACAAGGUCUAAUUACAAUAAGUCUAAGUACACAAUCUCCUCGCAUAUACAUGAAGUGUGUGGGCCACACAUAUACGUGAGAGGGUUGUGGUUGAAUGUUGUGUAUGUAUAUAGCAUGGUUGGUCUAAGUAACCAAAUUGACCUUUUUCAAUUCCGUCUACAAGGAAACAGACACAUGCAUAUACCAUUUCUUUGGAGUAGGAGCAUGUAUGGAAUGAUCACCCUUGGUGUGCCCCAACCGACUCUGCGAACUAUUUGUUGUGGUAAAGAAAUGCAAAGGAGGAGUUAUAUCAUUUUUUGGGCUUUGUUUUUAGAUCACAAAAUAUUCUUGUGUGUCGAGAUUUUUUACCUAGAAAUUAAAGUGUUUGGUGUAGAUUCAAACUUUGUGCUGUGUUAUAAAAAAUGAAGAGUUCGAAAAUUUGAAUUUUGGAAUAAAGUUGUGUACGUUUCCGAAAAAAUUACCAAAAUUCAAAAUUUUAUUACAUCCACAUGAGCUUCCAACUUACUUAUAACCAAUACCACACCAAGAUCAUGGUCUAGCUAAUCAUCCUUUAACCUCCACUUAACCCCCAACUAACAAGCUUAAAUCAUUCAUAAAUUGUGAUCUCAUGGAUUCUAUUUUUCGCCAAUCACCACAAGGCCAUCUCCUUCUCUAGGAAUACUUUGGGCCAAAUGGUAUCGGCCAAUUUGCACAGAAGUUAAGCAAAAUAAUUCUAGGCUAGUGAUGGACUUAGCCAUCUUGGUAUCAAUCCUCCUCUUUGUAGCUCUACUUUACAGGAUAGUGCGCUCAUGGCUCAUGAAAAAAAACCAACUUCAAACACCUAUUAGGAAGAAGAGGCUACUACCUCCAGGCCCACCGAGAUGGCCCAUUGUAGGUAACCUUCUCCAACUAGGCCCACUCCCUCACCGGGACCUGGCUUCCUUCUGUGAGAAAUAUGGGCCUUUAGUCUACCUUCGGCUCGGUAGCGUGGAUGCCAUCACCACCAACGAUCCCGACACCAUACGCGAAAUACUUCUCCGCCAAGACGAUGUAUUCGCUUCCCGACCGCGAACUCUCGCCGCUGUCCACCUGGCAUAUGGGUGCGGUGAUGUGGCAUUGGCUCCCGUGGGCCCACACUGGAAGAGAAUGAGGAGAAUUUGCAUGGAGCACCUAUUAACAACAAAAAGGCUUGAAUCGUUUGCGAAACAUCGGGCCGACGAGGCCCAACACCUCGUAGAAAAUGUUUGGGCCCAGGCCCAAACAGGGGAGGCAGUAAAUUUGAAGGAGGUGUUGGGUGCAUUCUCAAUGAACAACGUGACCAGGAUGUUGCUAGGAAAGCAAUAUUUCGGGGCUGGGUCUGCGGGACCACAGGAAGCCAUGGAGUUCAUGCACAUAACCCAUGAGUUGUUUUGGUUGCUGGGCUUGAUCUAUUUAGGUGAUUAUUUGCCAUUUUGGAGGUGGGUGGACCCUUAUGGGUGUGAGAAGAAAAUGAGGGAAGUGGAAAAGAGGGUGGAUGAUUUUCACACCAAGAUCAUUGAGGAACAUAGGAGGGUAAAGAAAGAAAAUGGAGGGGAAGAAAAUAGUGGAGAAAUGGACUUUGUUGAUGUCCUUUUGUCUUUGCCAGGUGAAGAUGGAAAAGAGCACAUGGAUGAUGUGGAGAUAAAAGCUCUAAUUCAGGACAUGAUAGCCGCAGCCACAGACACUUCCGCUGUGACCAACGAAUGGGCAAUGGCUGAAGUAAUCAAACAUCCACGUGUCCUCCACAAGAUCCAAAAAGAGCUCGACUCCGUCGUGGGUCCCAACCGAAUGGUCACCGAACAAGACUUGGCCCACCUAACCUACCUACGCUGCGUCGUACGGGAAACUUUCCGCAUGCACCCGGCUGGACCCUUCCUCAUCCCACACGAAUCAACGCGCGCCACCGAGAUCAACGGUUACCACAUCCCGGUCAAGACACGUGUCUUCAUCAACACCCACGGCCUGGGCCGGAACACCGCAUUGUGGGACGACGUCCGCGAAUUCCGACCGGAGCGGCAUUUCUCGGCGGACGGGAGCCGGGUCGAGAUAAGCCACGGAGCCGACUUCAAGAUACUGCCGUUUAGCGCGGGAAAGAGGAAGUGUCCCGGCGCGCCGCUUGGAGUGGCGUUUGUGCUGAUGGCUUUGGCUCGGCUCUUCCAUUGCUUCGACUGGACCCCACCGGAUGGGAUGAGGCCUGAGGAUGUAGAUACGAAUGAGGUUUAUGGAAUGACAAUGCCCAAGGCUAAAGCGUUGAUGGCUAUAGCAAGGCCGCGUUUGGCUGGACAUAUGUACCGCUGAAGUUAUAAUGGUUGUGCAAUUAAUAAUGCUUUUCUCUGAGAAGAAAAGAUCAUUAGGGUAACAAAAUUGGGAAAAUACUGGAAUCAUUUGAAUAUUGGAAUAUUUCUC